UUUACAUUUUCUUUAGAAAAGUUUUGUUAGAAAUUCUCUUUUCAAUAAAAAAAGAAGUUAAAAACAACAUUAAAACAAGUCGUGCUAAAAGAAAAACUUUUUUAUUGCCUUCCUUUUAAAAAUUUGUCCAUCAUUUAAAACCUGAUGACUACUGCCAAAAGACGUACUGGCAAUAGUGCGACAUUUGUUGCCGACAGCAAUCAUCAUUACAGCUCAUUGGAUCAACAACAGCAACACCAACAACAACAGCAACAACAACAACAACAUCAUCAUCAUCAUCAUCAUCUGCCACAUCAACAACAAUACUUUAAUCAAAAUCAUUAUAAUCAACAACAAAAUAAUCAUGAAAAUCAACGUUUGUUGCAACACGAGCCAAUCUCAUCUUCCAACACAAAUACAACACAACGUCAUCAACAUCAUACGCAACAAUAUCCCAACUAUAACGCAACAGCGUGUAAUAGCAACGUCACAGCAACAACAUCGGCAUCUUCAACAACCAAUACAACAAGUUCAGCAGCCUCUAUUAUGCGAGGUGAAUGUUCGGUGAAAUUACCUUUGGAUAUUUUAUGGUUACCAAAAUCCGCCAUGAGGCCUGUUGGCCCUGAUGCCUCACAUACCGAUUGUAUUUUGGUUGUCGGUGUCUCCCGUCCCAAAUUAGCUGUAGUCUUUCUAACCGUCAUGUUGAUUUCAUUAUUUUUAACAUUUCACGUCUUGUAUGACAGUGCAGUCUAUAAUAUACAAGCGGCACAGGCUGUACAUGAACAUCAUCAUAAUCAUCAUCGUUUAGCCUUAAUGAGUUCAAACAGUAUUAUCAAUGGUGGUAGUGGUGGCGGAAGCAGUAGUAGUAGUAGUAGUGGUGGUGGUAUUAGUAUGAAAAAUAUCAAUAACAAUCGCGCCAAUCAUUUGCCUGAGGAUUAUAGUGGUAUAGGUGGAGGAGGCGGCAUUGCAGGCAGUAGUACGAAUAAUAAGCAUAUGACUGAUAUCUCAUCAUCCAAUCAACAGAUUAGUCAUCCCAUGGUGUUUCCAUCAAAUCGAGUACAUUUUCCAAAAACAAGUCGUCGUUUACCGCAGGCUCUUAUAAUUGGCAUACGAAAAUGUGGUACACGUGCCCUUUUGGAAAUGUUGUAUCUGCAUCCUCGCAUACAGAAGGCUGGUGGUGAAGUACAUUUUUUUGAUCGCGAUGAAAACUAUAUGAAAGGACUGGAGUGGUAUCGCAAAAAAAUGCCACAUUCAUUUCGUGGACAAAUAACAAUAGAAAAAAGUCCAAGUUAUUUUGUGUCGCCUGAGGUGCCAGAACGUGUACGGGCCAUGAAUGCCAGUAUUAAAUUGUUGCUUAUAGUAAGAGAACCGGUGACAAGAGCCAUUUCUGAUUACACUCAAUUACGAAGUCAUGCAGCAACAGCCACACUACCAUUAGCCAACGAACAGCAACAGCAGCCACAACCAACAAUAGCACCUUCAUCGUCGUCCUCCUCAUCAUCUUCAUCGUCGUCAGCAAAUGCGGGUAAAGUAUCCUCACAUUCAAUGUUAUACAACAAAUUAAAUGCUGGUUACUCCUCAUCGCAAGUUUAUGACAAUUCAUUAGGCGGUGGAGGUAGUGGUCGUGGGAGUGGUAAUGGUAAUGUGUAUGGCUCUGGGGCAGGUGGUAUUAAAACAAAUUUUAAAAAUCCAUAUAACAGCCAUCGCCACUAUGAGUCAACAACAGCUAGUCCACAAGCAAAUAUGGCCAAUUCUGCAGCACAAAUUUUAUCCAAAUCCUUUGAGGAGUUGGCUAUAUUCCCAAAUGGUACUGUAAAUGAAUCCUAUCGUCCAUUAAGCAUAUCUAUGUACCAUUUACAUUUACAUCGUUGGUUGGAAGUCUUCCCACGUGAACAGAUUUUGAUUGUUAAUGGUGAUCGCUUAAUUGAUGAUCCUGUAUCUCAGCUUAAGAAAAUCGAAAGCUUUUUAGGCAUUGAACAUCGUAUUACCAGUAAUCAUUUCUACUUUAAUGAAACGAAAGGAUUCUACUGUUUACGCUAUGACAGCGGUGACCGUUGUUUGCGCGAAACAAAAGGACGUAAACAUCCUCAUGUUGAUCCGGUUGUCAUCUCCAAACUGCGUAAAUUUUUCGCUGAACACAAUCAACGUUUCUACGAAUUGGUUGGAGAGGAUUUGGGUUGGCCCGAAGAGUAAAAGAAGGUAAGACACGCUGAUAGACAGUCAGACAGACAGGAUGUCUGCAUUAACAAAGGACGUGAGUUGUGUGUAAAGUAUGUGUAUAAAAUAAAUAAAAUUAUUUCCAAAAAAAAGUAGUUAGCAAUUGGUAUGUGUAAACAAAUGAUAAUGAAGUCAUAAACUGCAGCAGCAACAACAGAAUACAACAUGAACAAAAUUAAAACAUUUUAACGAUUCCAGAGUAUUUGUAACUAUUUAAUUAAAUUUAAAAAAAAAACGUUAAAAAGAAAAACAAAUUAAAAUGAAAAACUGUAUGAAAAAAAGCCCAAAACCAACAUAUGAAAAAUAAAUAUUAAAGAAACAUACAAAAAAAUGGAAAAAUAAGCGCAGCAAUUAAGAAAACAAGGACUGAAAUGCAAAUAUUAAUACAAGUACACAGGUUUUUUUUAAGUAUAUAACAUUUUUUUUUUUCGUUAUAAUAAUACAUUUUUCCUAUUUAUUUUUUCGUGUAUACUUUAAUUUACUUGUGUUGAUUUUAAUUAUUAUUUAUAUUAAAUACCCUACACUGUGCAUUAGUUAUUUAAAAAGGUUUUUGCAACAAAACAAAUCUCUUUCAAAAAGUGAAGAUAUGAACUUUGAUCUUUAGAAUCGUUCUACAUUCUUUGCUUGUGAUCUUUAAAGUUAAUUUGAAUUAAUAUUCUAACGGUAACAUAAAGAUAUCAUAUAUCGUCAAAAUCAUUUCGCUUUUUUAAUCUCAGAUCUUUGUUUAUUUUACUAUUUGAUAAAACUUUCAAAUUUUAAAUCGAUCGCUCGUUGAGUAAUUUUCACUGUUUGAUUACUUUUAUCGCUUUAAAAUUUUAUUUUUCACUUUUCAUCCAAUUUAUUAACUUAUUUUUCGACACUUUAUAAUUAAAAUGAAUAUAUUAUUCACACUAACGAGUACACAAGCUUAAUGUCAUUUUGAAUAUGUAUGUCGAAAAAUAUUUGUUUAUUUAUUUGUAUAAAAGAGAUUAUUUUUUGUGCAAACUGUAAGCUGUCAGAAGGUAAGACUUCAAAAGAGAUACCCUGCAGUUUUGUGGACACAAAAAUAAGUAUUAAACAGCUUAUACCCAACAAAAAAACGAAGUACUUCCAAAAGAAUCACAUUUCUCACUACUUCAAGAUUGGCUAUUGUGAUUUUUUACCUUCUGUGGAAGUGAUGUUUAAUGACUUCCGAAGAAGUGAAAUUUGUUCUACUUUUUCUAUGCAGAAUAUAUUUUUUUGUUCUUACUUUUUGUGAGAUAAAAAAUUUUAUUUUAUCUCACAAAUUAGUUGUAUUCUAUAAUAAUACAAUUUCACUUCCGAAUAACUUUCAAAAACCAACAUUAAAAUUACUUUUUGAGAAUGACUUCAGAAGUAGUGAAUUUGGAAAUAAAUAAAAAGAACGUCCAUCCUAUGACAAGCCUCGGGUAAAAUAAUCACUUUUUCAGGUCUUUUUCAGUGUUUCCACGUAGUAAAUUCUACUUCUUUUUCGCUUUCUUGGAAGUUCUUUGUUUUUUUUUUUUUUUUUACUGGGUAUUAGACACUCAAAUGUAAGGACCUCUAAGGCUAAAAAAUUUCAUGAAUAGUGUCUACAUAUAAAUUUUGUUUACAUCUAAUUUAUAUCCAACAUAAAAAUUACUUCCUGAGAAUGACUUUAGAUGUUGUGAAUUUGGAAUCAUAUAAAAAGGACAUUCCUCCUAUGACAAGCUUAUGUAAAAUUAUAACUUCUUUAUGUCUUAUUCACUACUUCCAUGUAGAAAAUUAUGCUUCUUUUUCGCUUCUUUGGAAGUUCUUUUUUGAUGUGUACCUAAAAUAACAUUUUUAGAAAAUGUUUAAAUUGAACUAAUUUAAUCGCCUUAGAAUUUUAUAAAGAUCCAUAAUAUAUUUUAAAUUACUAUCACGCCAGUUUAAAGAAAUUAUAAAAAUUUACCACGCAAAACUAGUCACAUGUACAGCAGGAUAACUAACUAUUUAAAUAGUGCGUGAGAAAUACUACAAAAGUGAUAAAAUAUAUGUAAAUAUUUAUCGAAAAAUAAGUUGAAGUAUUUUCCUUUAAAACUGAUUAAAAAGAUUAUUUAAUAUGUAAAUAAUUGAAAAUAUAAAUACAUACAAACAAUAUUAUACAUAUACAUAUGUGAAUACAUUAGGGCAUUUCCAUUUUUUAUGAGUUCGCACAGACACCAUGAAAAAGCUUUUUUGGAAUUACUUAAAUCGAUCAAUAUUCAUAGCCGAUUCCUAAUUUAAGAGUUUUACUACUUAAGAAGAAGCUGAAAUGAGAAAUGAAUAUUUAUUAUUUAUUCUAUUUUGUUUGAAGCAAAUAAAUGAUCACUUAAAGAAUUUAGUCAAGUUUUCAAUCAAUACUAGUGUAUAGCCUACAGUCUAGACAAUGGUUUAGUUUAAGUCUGAGUUACAGUUUGGACAAUAGUUUUUCAGUAUUUUGGAUUGUUGUUGUGUAGCAUAAAUAUGUGUUGCAUAGACUGUUAUCUUAAUAUAGUCGGGGCUAUAGUCUUGUCUAUAGUUUGGACUACAGUCUUGUCUAUAGUCAUGACUAUAAUCUUGUCUAUAGUCUGGACUAUGGUCUUGUCUAUAGUCGGGACUAUAGUCUUGUCUAUAGUGUGGAUU